CGUGGACCUAGACUCUCUCUCUCUCUUCUCCUCUCUAUAUAUUUGUCAUCGCUCUUAGCUUUCUCCUCUCAUUCACUUGACCAACACAAGACUAUUACCACUUGUUCUGAAUCACUUAUAUUUUUACACUAUUCUGUGUUUUUAUAAUUAAUCCCAAUUAUGGAUUCAACUCUCAACAUAGACCUCAAUCUUAGUCCCUUACUCAAGAUCCAAGAAAUAAGUCAGGGGAGAAAGUUUCAGGGUCAUGACUUAAUUUUUGAAAGCACACCAUCGAUGAAAGAAGAGGGUGAUCAAUUGAUCGAAGAGCUAAAUCGAAUGAAAAUGGAGAACAAAAGGCUUAAAGACAUGCUGACCAUCAUGUGCGAGAAUUACAAUUCUUUGAGAAGCCAUUUAACUGAAUUGAUGCAAAAGAAGGCUGAAAAUGAAGCCUUCAAAUUAGGGAAGAGAAAAGCCGAGAUGGAGAACUAUGUCAAUGUUACAGGAAUUAGGGGAAACGCCGAGAGCAUCUGUAAUUCCGAUUAUGGAGGUUCAUAUAAGAGGCCAAAGGAAAUCAACACAAAAGUUUCAAAAGUUUGUUUUCAAACAGAUCCAUCAGAUGCGAGCCUUGUAGUAAAAGAUGGAUACCAGUGGAGAAAAUACGGACAAAAGGUUACUAAAGAUAACCCUUCUCCUAGAGCUUAUUAUAGGUGCUCUUUUGCUCCAAACUGUCCAGUAAAGAAGAAGGUGCAAAGAAGUAUUGAAAAUACUUCUGUUUUAGUUGCUACUUAUGAAGGAGAGCACAACCACCCUCGCCCUCGUGAAACCGAGGUGUCACUGGGCUUGAACCAAUGUGCAAAUCCUGGUUUGAACUCCAUCACUGCUUCAAGUCCCACUGCAAGUGUUGAUUUAAUCAAACCGGAACUGUGUAGCAGCAGCAGCACAAGAAAGUCGACCAUCACAGAAGUUGAAGAACAGACAUCAUUUCAACAGUUUCCAAUUGAACAAAUAUUGGCUUCUUCCUUAACGAGAAACACUGGUUUCAUAGCAGCCCUGGCGACAGCCCUUUCAGGAAGGAUUUUAGACCAGGAACAUCUGAUGGAAAGAUGGUGAAAAACAACAUAUAUGUAUAGUUAUUGUUUGUAUUGCUCAUUUGGAGAUUAGGGAGUAUUUGGCUACUGAUGUAAUUAUGUAGGUUUUGGGAACUAAUGCAGACUUUAUGUUUUAUUGGAUCA